CUCGUCCUCCUAAAUAGUUAGAGAGAAAACUGUAACAUCAGUUAUUCUAGAGAAACACUAACAUUAUGAAUCACAUAGACAUCUUUUUAACCCUCACAAAAAAAACAUAGGCAUCUUUUUUUUUCACCCUCAAAACAAGCAUAGGUAAUUGUUUUUAGGUUAAAAGCAUAGGUUUUUUUUGUACGUAUCUUCUAUGUUUGUUGGGCCGUAAUCCAAGGGUCAGUGAGCUUUUCAAGUGAGGCCAGCCCGUGUAUUCCUCACCCCUCCUAUGCGUCUCGCUCCAGUAUUCUAAAAAAAAGCGUCUCCCUCCAGUCGAGCCCCACAUCCACAUCCAGAUGAGCCACGAGGCCGGCGGCGACGAGAUAGCCCUCCGCCGCCGCCACCCGCCGACGGCCGCGCCGCUGGACGACGAGGACCUCCUCGGGGAGAUCCUCCUCCGCGUCCCCCCGCUGCCCUCCUCGCUCCUCCGCGCCUCCCUCGUCUCCAAGCUAUGCGGAGGCGUCGCCACCGCCCCCUCCUUCAGCCACCGCUUCGUCGCCCACCACCGGAGGCCCCCCGUCCUCGGUUUCUUCGAGAAGGGCGACGGGGAGCUGGUCUUCACACCCAUCCUCGACCCCCCUGCUUCCGUGACGUCGCCUCCAAUAUUGCAAAGUGUCUCUGGUACAAAUCUGCAGGCUCUCCGCUCCAAAUUUGUUUUGAACAUCUUCUUCAAUGUGGCAAAAUCAAUUGCUUGGUGCAGUUCCAGUUUAUGUUUACUAUCCAAUAGUAAUUUCUAAGAGGAUACAUCUCAAGCAGCUUCUCGAAAGGUUGGCAUUACUUGUCCAUCGACUGUUCAUAGGUCUUUGUAGCUGGUGGCGCCUGUCAUGUGGUUUAGGAGGACUCGAAGAUAAUAUCGUUCUCCUUCAGCUGGGUGUGCUGAGACGAUCCUGCCAACCUGGAACACAGCGGCUCGCUUCCUCUGUUGCCAAAAUUUCCCCUGACUCUGCCAAGUAUAAUGUUCCGGAAACUCUCUGUAUAGUAUGCCUCGUGCUUUUGCAUACCAUCUGUUUGCUUCAAAGUACGCAGUCAACAUUGAUCUUUCCGUGUCUUCACGGUCGAUAACAUUCUGUAAUUUUUCCAUUCCAUGAUAUGAAACCAUGUGCAUAUUUGGGAGAUGUAGCUGCAGUUGCAAGACUGGUGGGUGCAUUUUACUUAGUUCGAAGCCAUAUAUUCUCCACAGUACUUCAGGAGGUGUCACCCAGUGGGCGUCUCUGUACUGCUUAAUCUCGUCGAUUUCUUCUUCGUCUACUUUGUCUGUUACGGAUACGGAUGCUCGGUCAUGACCCUUGUAGAUGUACUUGAAGAGGUAUUUCACGGCUUUAAUGCUUGAGCAUAUCUCAACAUUUAUGUGGCAGUUGAACAUCCUUAACAGAUAGGGAUUGUAAGGAACUACCCACAUGUUAUCUAGUUUGCAAUUUCGGACCGUUUCAGUCCGGCCAUCGUUGCGUCUCCUAUAUAUUGGGUAGUCCUUGCCUUGAAUCGUAGUUUCGUUAAAUGGUCUUGGAUAAUUGUUCUUGCAUGAUGGACGAUUCUUUGAGCAUGGACAAAAUUUGUUCAAUGCACCGCAAGGACCAUGCAUCAUAUGUUUGAUUACCAUCUUGUAUAGUUCUGGGUACUUGUGCUUGUUAGGGAGCUCUGCGGAUAUGAUUCUGUCAUACUGCUCUGGACAUGUGUACUUGUAUUUUCGAGUCAUGAUGAGCAAAAAGUGAGCAUGGGGUAAUCCCCUCUUUUGGAACUCUACGACAUAUGUAUAUGCCUGAACCUUUCCAAGAAUGCCCUUCUCAAAUAGUUCCUUCUUCAUUUCUUGUAGCUUCGCCCUGAAAACACGAACUACAAUGUCUGGGCGAUCUUGUGCUGUUUGUCCAUUCUCUAGUUCAUGUGUUAUCUCCUCCCAGUUGGGGUUGCAGGUCAUUGUUAGGAAUACGUCUGGCUUACCAUAUUUUCUAACUAAAGCCAUAGCGUCGAGAUAUCGACGAAGUUUAUCUCGUGGUCUUCCAAUAAAUGACGAGGCAAGUACUCUCUGUUUUCCGACAGCAUCUCCAUUCUGUUCUCCAGCUUGAAUGCUGUCUAGAAGGCCUUGGUAUAGGUCAGCCCUUAUUUUCUUUUGAUUAUGCCAGAUGUAAUCCAGUCUGGAGCUUUCAAUCUUGUUGUAUGUAUCUACAGCAAACUGCUGGAAAAGGCGUCCGCCAUGCAAAAUUGGGUUGAAUAUGCCUGGUCGUGUAUGGAAUUUAUAGCA